AUGGCGGUGAAUUCGAUUUGCUGGAGAAUGCCUUCGAAGUUCCGCUUCUAUUCUUUGAAAUCGAAGCGAAGGGUUCGCGUCCGACCGUAUCUGGUAGAAUUCAAAAGAUUACUGGAAUCAAGCAUGACUGCAGUCGAAGGGGUAUAGCGCUUUUCUUUUCUAAUAUUUGACCUGAAAGUCAGCUGAAUUUUUGGUAACCAAGGAGGCUUGUUAUUGUUUACAAGACAUCUGAGUUUAUUUUCAGAUCUCAAACCAAGAGUUGCUCCAUGCUGUUGUAGCUUUGUAUGAUAACUGUCUUCCUGAAAUCACACCUGAAGUUCUGUAUCCGACUGUUUGCGGGAAAUGGGCGAAAACGUUGGUGUUACUGAGAGAUUUCAAUGGUAUGAUGAUGAGACUUGUUUAUAUUUAAUAUAAUAUUAUUACUGAUAAAAUAUACCGGGUUAAGUCAGAUUUAAAUUCAGCUUUUUUCUAGCCUGGGAUAAUUUCUAUCUCCUUUCUCUCCUAGACUUGAUUUAUGAACAUUUAAGCCUAGGAGGUAAAGGAAAUUGCAAAUCAACCAGGGUUGAAAAUUUUUUAACCACAAUUUAAUUUUGACCUUACAGCAUAUAUACCCACAUACAGUUUGUCAUGUGUGUGUCUGAUUAAACGUCAACUUUAUGAAAAUCUAAUUGAUUAACUCCAUGUUUCUUGUUUUUCUAUACUUUAGCUUCUUAGGUCCGUUCUAUCUAUUGUUCCCACAAGGUGGUUUGGUGGUUAUAUACAGAGAAGGGUGGGAAUUGGGGCACAAAAAAUGUCAACAUCUUUUUUCAGCUACUCAUUCAUUGUGGAGGGGAAUAUCAUGCAUUUAAGUUUAUUUGUAUUUGUCCUUAGAUGUCUUGAGGGAGAUGAAAGGUUUAAGUCCAGAAGAUGAUGACUGUGUAGAUGAACCUGAGGAAAGUUUUAUCUCAGCUGACAAUGAUCCUUCGAUAGAGGGAUUUUUUCAAGAGCAAUCUUUGGAAACACAGACUUCAUGUAUGACUGAUGGCCAAGAUCCAGUUAGUGAAAAGGAAACAAAAAAGUUUAAAAAGCAAGUGUCAUGGAAUGAUGGACAAACUACCAAUAACAAAACUUCUGACUCUGACAGUGAUAGUUCGGAAGAAGAUGAGAACAUUUCAAACCCAGCACCUAUUUCUGAGAAGCGCCCCUCAGAAAUCAGUGCCAGUUGUAAUUGUGACAGUGAAAUUGCAUUUGAUGAUCAGGUAGAAAAUAAAGCUGAAGAGAAUCAAACGGCAAAUGGAACUGAUGAAGCAAAAGGAAAAGAGAAGGAUGUAGAACCAGGGAAAUUUGAUGGAGUGUUUAGUGACACAGAUGACAGUGAAGGAUCUGAUGAAAGGUAUAAAUGAACAAGCUAGGAUGAAGGGGCAAAUGUGCUAUUGAGGGAUGGUGCAUAUUUUUUUGUGCCUAUCCGAGUAUCGACUAGAGACAUUUAAACAGUCAGAAGUGGUUAACAUUGAUAAUAUUAUAUUAUAGUCUGGCGCAGGGUAUAAAAAUUGAUCAUAGAUGUCAGGUCUCAAAAGGGCCAUUUACCAUAUUUUACUGAGAAACUCAUGACCAGUGAAUGUUCUUGCCAAGAUUUAUACUUCUAACAAAAAUAAUGAGCCUUUUGUGCACUGUGAUAAAUUUCUUACCUGAUACUGUUCAUACUUAAAAAAAUAAUUCUGAUGAUAUUUUAAUAGUUAGCAGUAAGUAAUAUAGAGAGAUAAUCUAAUCACUCACGAUAUUGAAAUGUAAUUAUCACUUGAUUAGUGAAGAUGAAGAUCAGGAUUUCUCAAAAGGGGCUGAAGAAUUUGUUGAAGCAGCAAGGAAAAGGAGAAUUGAAAGAAAAAGUUGUGAAGGUACACUUCAGCAUAUAAUUAUGUUACAACAGGCUUGAUAAUAUCUAUCAAACUUCUCUUUAAUUAUUUUUUCCUUCUUCUAAUACUAAUGUUGUGUCAUCACAAAUGGCAGAAAAAGUGUUCUCACAUACACUAGUUUGAAGUAAAAUAAUUAAUGUACCUUAAUUUUAAAACAAAUUAAUAGUUUACCAAUAUAAAAAACAUUUGACUUAAAUCAUGAAUUAAAUUAGUUAUUUAGCUCUAACAUAAUUUGAUACUUUCAGAGCCAGGUUUAGGAAUUGAAUCAUUGAUUAUAGCAGCUGCAACAUUUGAGCGUGAAUAUAGGUAUGGUAUAUUUAUUCAAUAUCAUCUAUUAUUGUGAUUUGUGUGAUUUUAUUACUAAGAAUAAUAAACUUCAUAAGAGAAAGCUCAUUUGUAUACAUCAAGGAAGUUUUUUUUUUUUAUCUGUAAAUUAUUUGUGUGUCAGUAUAACUCGUCAGAGGCCAUCAGAGAAAGUGAUUCAGCUAAACUUAUUGGCAGUCAGGAAAAGGUGUCGGAGAUCAGGAGUUGGAAAGUUUCUACUUGAGGUUAGCUAAGCAGUUUGUUGUUUUUUUAAACACUGACAAGAGUUUGGGACAUUAUCCUGUACAAGCAGGAAGCAAAUUAAUAAUGUUGACUAGAUUUGCGCAGCAAGACUAAAAUAUUAUGCCAUUUGCAGAAGUCGAGGAAGAGUAGAACAUGGCUAAAACAUUCACGAUACAAAAGCAGCAAAAAUUUCUGGACAGAAUAAAUCUUCUAGAUACAUACAGUAAUGCUACAGAGCUACUUUUCUGGAGAAAAGCUGUUUUCCGCAGUUUUGGUUCCAACAGAAAUUUCAAGAAAAUUUAAUAUUUCAAGGUUUUCUUGCUAAGCAAUGCAAGUUGGCUGUCUCAUGUGCAUUCAUGGCCUUGUUUAUAUAAUUUGCAUUUUUCAAAUGCAAGCAUGCACGUUAGCCGUGUCAAAGCUCCUAGUACCAGUAAACCCACCCCCUCCCCCCUGCAUGUUGUCCUUUUGCAACUUAUUGUCAGUAACGGGCUUCAAAAUUAUUUUAAUAUCACAGACCCUCAAAGAUCCGACCAUCAUCGGCUCGUAUGAUACAAUUGCCGUGUAUGCAGAUAAUGACGCUGUUGAAUUCUUCAAAAGAAGUGGUUUCACUGAUGAUGUUGUUCUUUGUAGCAGAUUCAGGUGAGACAAGGAAUAAUAAUAUUAUUAGGUCACCCCUUCAUGUAUUUUCCACUCCAGCCAUGCAUUGUAACAAUUAUUUCAAUCUGCAGCAUGAUAUACAGCGUGAUGUAACAAUUUGAAUGCCAGGUCCUCCUCCCUGGGUGGAGUGAAUUGAAGCACUGUAUGCAUAAGGUGUAAUUGGGAAAUGAGUCCAUGCUCCUCAGUCUGCUAAAAGACUGAUCUCAGGGCGAACCCAAGAGCUCAGCAGAAAUGGAUGAGCCUGUAGCAUGAAGCUACUAGGAAUUACAGGGUUACCCCCAACCCCAUUUAUUCACUUGAGUGAAAAGAGACAAAAUGAAGCAAAGUCUCUAGUCUAAGGAAACAAUGUGACACAAGGCUACGGCAUGGACCUCAAGAUCUGAAGUUCAAGGUGUUAACCGCCUCACCAUUGAAAGUUUACGGCAUCUAUGAUUUCCAUUUAAAUCAUCUACUGUACGUGUAGGAGGAAAGACAAUAUUGUGGCCAAAGUUUUAUGUUGAAGAUGUACAAACACUGGCCUACACAGCAAGUGUUUCUUUUCUCCCCUGUCUCUUGCCCAUCCUCAUUACUUUGCUUUCACUCCCACUUUUUUUCUUUGUGUGCGACUGUAGCUUAGCUUGCAGCAGGCUCUGCGGGGCGCUCUGGUGGUGGAGCUGGAAAAGGAAGGAGAGCUUGUAACUACGUCUCUGGAAUUUGAAUAUCUGCAUCGAAAAAGUCGAUGUUAAAUGCUGAUUGGCCGGGGUGACAUUAGUAAUGACGUCAUUACCCUUGGCAUGUGUUUUCAAUGUUUGUUUACAUAUGUGCUCAUUUCCACUUUGCACUUAUUGGUGAAAUCUGACUGUGACAGCUCAGUUGACAGGGAGCCACAGGGGAAUUGGAGGUGGAAUUCAAAUUACAGAGACAUAGUUGCAAGCUCUCCUUCCCUCCUUCCUUCCUUCCUUACAGGCUAUGAUAGCUAUGCAGCUGAAAUUGGGACGAUGUUUGCCUAGUAGAGCCUAUUGUCAUUACAUACUUGUUCUGUGGCCAAUUAUAAGACCAUGUUUUGAGUUGUGAAUAAAAACUUUGCAAUCCCAGAGAAUCUAUUAAAUUUUUUUAACCCUUUUAUUUUCUAACUAGUAAGUCGUUUAAAAAAGAUUAAUGUAGCCCCAUUAUAAUCAAAUGAGUCUAAAAAAUGCUUCCCGAACCGGCCAUGCAUCAUUGAUAAAAGAAAAAUUAAUGCUUGCAUUCAGUAGUGGGAUUAGUUUUAUACUUUUCUUUUUUAAAACGUGUCAUAUACUGUUUUCACUAGUGAGUUAACAGAUCACUGGAUAAACAGCACAUUAAUGUGCUACCUUCCUCCAUUUACUGGUAAGUUCACGUUUGUCUCUUUAUGCCCAAACCUAAGUGGGCAAAUCUAAGGCCAAAAAAAAUCAAACUGUCAAUAUAUAAGAUACCACGCUAUUCGUAAAUACCGUAAAAUUCCAAAAAUAAGCCCCUCCAUGUAUAAGCCCCUCCAAAUAUAAGACCCCCAAAAUCGUAACACAAAAAAUCCUCCGUUAAAUCGCCCCUCUGAAUAUAAGCCCCGCGGGGGCUUGUAAUUGGAAUUUGCCUUCGAAUACAAAGUAAAACAAAGCAAAAAAUGGUAAAUCUCCCUCCCACUACAAGCUCGUUCAAUCGAUUUUGAGACGCAAAUUUCCCUCCGUACAUAAACCCCUCCGAAUAUAGGCCCCUCCAAAAAUAAGCCCCUCAAAAAGAGCCUUUGAAAAAUAUAAGCCCCGGGGCUUAUUUUCGGAAUUUUACGGUAUCUCGCGCAUAAUAUCUAAAGUCUGUCUACCAAACUUAUGAAUAAGUCCUGUCUAGAAUUAAGAACAUUUACAAAGCCCUUGUUCACAAGUGAAUAAAUUUGUCAGUAGUGCUUUUUGCGCGCGCUGAUUGGGUGGCUAAAAGGUUUGGUUCUCGAGUUUUGAGCUUGUGUGGUACAUACUAAAACGUUUUUUCACCUACAUUGUAUAAUAUGUCUAAAACUGGGAUAUUUUAACAAAAUAUUAACGGCAUGAUAUUCAGGGAGAAAAAUUAAAAUAGUCGGCGCUCCCCUCAAUAAAGCCCCGUCUCUCGAAUAAUCACCCCAUUUCGGCAAGGGAAAAUGAACAACAAGAACAAUCGUUACCGGCUAUUAUUCGAGGAAAAACGGUAUCUCGACCAAACCAGGUUUGAUAAUUAUACAUACAAAAAAUACUUUGUUAAUUAUAUACGGCUAAAGGAAAAAGUUCAUGAAACUCUUCCCGGCGGUCUUCGUUCUUUCUAUUUCUUUCAAAGCUAAAGGUGCAGGAAAACGGGCAACAAAUUAAAAUUAUGCAACUUGUCUUGCAACGAGCAAAACGAGUUGAAUAGCAAUGUUGCGCGUUUUACCACCCACGUCAAACCUGUCUUGCAACAACGCAAUGUUGCAAAACAAGUUGGACGUUCAGUUUAUGUUAUAUUCCCGAAAAAUAAACAUAAUAAUAAUAAUAAAACUGCGAAAGUAUUGGUAGUUUAACAUUUCUUUUUUGGUUGCUUUAGGUUCUGACUACUCGGGUGCUUUUAGAAGUGAAGAAGAUCUUAGAGCCAUGGAUGACGAUAUUAGAAAAUGGUACAAUGUCGGCAAUUUGUGUAGCAAAAAGAUUCAUCUUUUUAGUUCAUUUCACCUCCGCCUUUCCAAAGAAGUCAGACGGCUUUCCCCGCCUAAUGUAUCUGUACUUUUGCUGAGAGUUUUUAACAGAAGUUGAAAGUAUGAUGGACAACUGUUUAGAGCGGAAAAUUUUGAUUUAAGGCUACUUAAAUGGUUUCAAAAGUCGCUAAUUCUGAAGGCUUCAAAAGUAGAAACAAGCUCUUUAUCGCUUUUUUACGCGUGCGUAACCUGCCAUUUAGUGGGUAUGAACGAGGUUGAAAUUUGCCAACUUUUUGUAGUUUCUGAAAGUGUUAAAACAGCUUAAGAUUUUAUGUUUAAUACCCUUCCGUAUAAAAUAUUCGAUGUUAACUGCGAAACCGCCAAAACUGAGUGUUUUUCGUCAUAUUGCUUUUAAUAAAGUAUUAUUGAGUAAAUACGUUAAGCGUCAAAGUGAGGUUGAGGUACCCCAAUCGAACCAGACCGUCAGUUAACAAAAUUAAUACAUAACGCAGCAGAGAACGGACGGUUUGGCAACACGAUUGCGUAUUCUGGAGCACAAAGAAAAGUCAGAAUCGGUCAGUAGUGGGUGAAAGUUUUGAUCAAUAUAAUUUUAAUUGCUCCCUUUCAGAAAGCCUUCAAUAUUUUUAACACAAUAUUUUCCCACAAUAUUUAGCUAUGUUUUAUCAUAAGAAUAAUGCGUUACGGUCCCAGGACUUCUUCAUCAAAUGAUAAAUAAAUGUAAGGCCAUUCUGAUUUCUCUUGUUUUUUAGGAGGGAAAAAAGCCUGGAAGCUUACCAAGCCCAGACCACAUGUAUCGUCAGAAUGCAACAUGAGAUUAAGACACUUAGAGCCAUAGUAAGUUCGACGUUCAUGUACCGAGCUGUUUAAAAGAAAAUCGCCCCAAGUACAUGAUGAAAGGAUAAUCCGGGUUCGGGCACUAAAUUUUUGCUUGUAGAAUCUGGGAUUUAGAAUCCGGAAUUCAGCUCAAAAGUCCAGGCCCCGGUUCCUGAAAGGCCGCUUAGCGCUAAUCCAGGAUUACAAAUUUUUUUCUCUAUUUUUGUAUUUACCUUCCUAUGCAUUAUCUAGAGUAAAAUUCUAUGUUAUCAUCACUGAAUCUCGGAGUAAAGACACAAAAGUAUUUUGUAAGCUCGAAUAACAUGUUCUUGGACAAGAAAACCUUGCUUAAAAUUUGGCUUAAUCUUGGAUUAAACUUGACCAUCUUUCGAGGAACCGGCCCCAGAAUCUCGCUAGCGAAAAUUGGAAUCCGAAAUCCGCAGCUUGGAAUUUAGAAUCCAGGACUGUCUUGGAUUCCCUCACAUAGCUAAUAUGGAGCGAAGAAAUUGAUAAUUUUGCACCACGCGUCCACUCAUGAUGAAUAAUAUAAGCUGAUGAUUUCAUAGCCUGAUAUAUUUGCUGACUGGUGCUUACUUUGAUUUGGAUUUUAACGGACAUUCACUUAGACUGGAAUCCACUAUUUUGUGUCCUUGGUAGGUUGACACCCAAGACGAGGCUAUUAAAACCCUGACAGGCGCGAACGAGAGACUUGAAAAGGAAAAAUACAAAUUAGGUAAGUCUUGUUUUGUGACGAGUCAUUGCGCAUGGCUUCGUUUUUACAUUUGAAGGUCGCAACACACCAGGCUUCAACAGGUCUCGGUGACAAACCACGUGCGUUUAGGUCGGGAGACAGGCUGCAGCGACACGAAGACAUGGGGACAGGUCAUAACGACAAUUCCCUUCGUCAUGAAAGAAAUUCCCUUCGUGUACAUUAGAGAAUUUUUAUUAAAAUCUUCGCCCUUUUCCCCCUAAAAAGUUUGUCACACAAAUUCAAACCACUUUGAACCUGGGUAACUUGUCGCGGGGACAAAGGUUUUUACAACAAUUCUUAAGUGCAUAGGAAUCAAAUUGUCACUGCGACCUGUCCCCUCAUCGUGUCGAAGCAACUUGUCGCUUGCCCUAUCCACACCUAGUUAUUUGAGGCUUGACUGUAUUUGAGUUGCGCGCCUUCAGUUUCAUUUACUGCGGUGGGUCGAUUAUUUGCAGAGAAAGAGCUACUUGCGCUGAAGAUACAGGGAAAAGAUGGAGACCUAGAUGAUGAAGAUUUUGAAGGUAAUUUUAAUUAUCAUGGAACCCGUACAGCCUCGCGCUCAAAUUUGUUGAAAAACCCUUUCAAAAAGUCCCGUAUGAGGGUUAUACCCGUCAAGUGAUAAGGCCGGAAAAAAUACUUACGGUCCUGCUAGAAAAGCGUACUGAUCGAUGCGGGUUCGCUCCGUCAGAAGAAUUAAAAAAAAAACAUAACAGUCAUAUGAUAAACUGCUUAUUGACUAAGUUAGGUCAUGCUGGACGGGAAAAUAUUUGGUUCUCGCAGGACGCACGGACCUCGAGCCAAAUAUUUUCCCGUCCGGCCCUCCCACACAGUCAAUAACUACAAACGGUCUCCCGUGAACUGAUAAUCCCAAAAGCCCGAAUAUUUUUGUCUAUGAAUUGUUGGUGGGAGUUUGCCUGCUUUGAUCCUGGGACGCCUUGGCCUAGCAGUCACACUUACUCUUAUUCUUCAUACUAAUGGUCAAUAAAAACCCUAUCUUAGAUCAAAACUCCUCGAUAUCUCAGUAUAUCCAAUACUAGACUAAACAGCUUGAAAUCCCUUCCGUUCACACUAGAAUAUGCCCAUGUAGCUUAUAUUUAUAAGAAUACCACCACCCCUGGCGUAUCAAAUGUGCCAUCGAGAAUGUUAACUUUUAGGCUUUGCUUACUUGUUGUUCUUUCCAUUCGCCCAGCAGAACAAAUUUUUCUUGUGUCCAUAUCUUCUCUUACAGAUGAUGGUGACUUAUAUGAAGCCCUUGCUCAGAUGCUGAGUAAGAAACACGUGACCAACACGGAACUGGAUCUGGAAGCGAUUUCCCAUGGUGACUUUCGCGAUGUUCCUCAGGGUGCGCAUGUUUGACUGAUUUACAAUGAAUACAUGUAAAUGUGCAUGAAAAAUGGCAAGAUGUAUAGCUGUCAAGAAAAAGAAAAUAAAAACCGUUGCUUGAUAGAAUCAGCGGCCCGAAUAAACAGAAACCCCAAUUCGAUAUGGCUAUGCUGUUGAGCCGCAAUCGUCUCACCAAAUCCAUUCAGCUUCCAACCCCGCCUCUUACUUUGACUUAACCCGCAAACAAUCUCCACUCUUUGCUCGCAGUCGAAACACGUGUCGACGGUAUCGCUAGUAUCACUAAUUAGUCCUGAAACUUUGCCACAUUUAUAGCGGUGUGGUCUAUUAGUUUGCCCGUGUGACUCGCUCUCCAAAGUCCUGGUUUCAAGCAAUCCCCAUACAAAUUAAUGAAUCAUUAAGCCCUGUGUAAAUGGACGCAACAUUGUUGGCCGACAACAUUGUAAUAUGUUACAUGUUGCGUCCGUUUGAACACCCUGUUGCAUGUUAUUGGGAGUUGUUGCGCAAAGUUUGAAACCGGUCAAAUUUUUAGCUUCGUGCAAAAGGACGCAGCGACUCCCUACAAUGUUACUAUUCGUCCGUUUGCACGGGGCUUUAAACAGCAGAAUGAACUUUUGAUAGUACAAACUUGCUCCUCCUCAGCUACUUGGUAUCCAUAACUUUUGAAGCAGAUCUUUGUUGAUUGUUUCAUUUCAUAAUUAUGAUCAACUAUUCCCGUGAGACCAGUAGGUAAUUUUCAGUGAUUCACCUUCGACACGCCAUUGUAAACGCCCAGACUCUAACUAUUUUUCUUUUCAGUUCCUAUAAGCACCAAAUACGAAACUGAGUAUUAGCUUGUAUUCAACUAUGAGUCGAUAUUUUGCCUUGUUAAUAUUGUUCUUCCUCCUUUUCUUCUUUUUAGAGGAUGAAGAGUUCGUGUCAUCAUUUAUUACAAAUCGCAGUGAAAAACAACUUGUUCAGCAGAUCAAACGCAGCUUAUUGUCCACAAAAAGCUACAAAGGCAUCACAAUUAGUAGCGUGAGGAAGGUAAAACAGUUUUGAUCCCUCUUGCACUUCUAAUUCAGACACAACCCUUUCAUACUAAUCCCAUGGGUUUGUGGUUGCUCGUAUGUAUGUUCCGUGUAGCGUAAGUUGAAAAUAUUUACCUGUAUGUAAAUGAAGUUGAAGCUCUCCUAACGGCCCUGAACACUUGGCUCCGCCAUUUCGAUGUCUGUGCACUGAAAAUUGAAAAGAUCUGUGUGAGUCCCAAAGUGCCAAAUAAUUUAAGCCAAAACAGUCCACCAUAAAAAUGAAACAGAGCCUAUUUGAACCCACGCUGCGACCCAUUUCAGCCUGUGGGUGUACUCGGGAUCAACCCUAGGUAAUUGAACUGUAUCGACCCAAAGUAGAGCCAACAAGAAGGACUGUAUUUUGCUCAUCGGAACAGCCUCAUUUUUAGGGCUAAAACACAUCUUUCUGAUUUACAGUUUAUUAAUAACGUUAAUUUGAUUGUAAAAUCCUCGUGUCUUCACCAAUUCCCUUAGGUCGAGUCAUGUCACAUCGCUUUCAUGGAAACAGGUUUUGAUUCACGUACUCAAAGGCUUGGUGAUCCAGUUAUCUGCACGCAGCUUUACCUUUGUGGCGGUGCUGGUGAUGAGCAAAUAGAAAGGAUCAUGAAACGAGGAUUUAGCAAAGAAGGUAUAACGAAGGAUUUUAUAAUGUGUCAAUUCGUUUUUCCUCAGUUUUGAUUGUGGUUGUAGUUCUUGGCUUCUUUUAAUGUUUAGGAUUGCUCUUUAAUCCUUUAAUUGUGUUGAUUUUCUUUUUAGAUUUCGUUCGUGGUCCCUAUGGAAAAGGUCUUUAUUUUUCAAUGCAGGCCUGUCAAGCCGCAGCGUUUUCAGCGGUAAAGUAA